ACGCUCAAAGAGGAAGUAGCCACGCAAGCGACCAAUAUUUGUGGAACACCUUGCUCUUAAGACUACACUUACAAUGUUCCGUUUUGUUGGCAUAAUAAGAUAUUAUGUAAACUAGUUAUUUCGUUUGAAUGUUUACAUCAGUUAUUGUCUGGAAUUAGAAGAACCUAGAUUGUAACUGUCGUCCAUCAUGGCAGCCUCUGUGUUACUUCAGAAGCGACAUUUCUAUUAGGACAGUCGACAACUCAGACUCCCAGCAGUAGUAGCAUAGCCCACCACUACGGCUAUACGGCUUCAUCUUAAAUGUACUGAGCAGUUUCAAGCGCCUGAUCACAGCCUGUCGUCCUUUUGAUUUUAUUUUCUGUGCUGUUGGCAAGCCAUUGAUAGGUGAGUCCAAUCUGGGGCGAAGUGUAUGUGUCGGUGACCGAGAACGUCCAUGACAAUGUGAUAUGUUUUCUGACCAGCUGGAAGCUUCGUGCCCAAAGAAAGAAAGAUGCCACGGUUGGAAGAAAUUGCCAACGUUGCCCUUAGGGUGCCAAGCAUAUUGGUGCUUGACUUGCUGUAUAAAUGUGACAUUGAUAGUUUAACGGAGCACCUUAAGGCGAAGAACGAAGACAUGCUUUUUAAAUACAAAUACGUUAUCUGGAACUUGUAUUAUUUUGGUCACGUUGUUAACGUGGUGGUGUUAGUUCUUCCUUUGCGGCACAUUGUGAAUCUGUACCUCCACAUCCUUGCUGCCCUGCUUCUGUAUGUAGGACAUCAGAUCUCCAAGGACUACGUCCGUGGUGAGGUGCUACACGGUUAUGACGGGGCGCUGUACCUGGACUCGCCGGCUUUCAACCGCUUCGUCACCGCGCUCACUAGUCUGAUCAUUCUGAGCACGCUGUGUGCUUUCCUCAUGAAGACCAGAAAGGUCUGGCUGUUUUCCGCUCACAUGCUGCCCCUGCUGGCCAGGGUGUGCGCUGCACCCCACAGCGUGCUGCUCGCCGUCAACUCCUUCUCCAUGGUGCUGACCGGGGUGGGCGUGGCCAUUUUCCUGCUAGCCAACCUGUUCCUGCCGUACCGCCUCGCCAGAGAGGUCUACUCCGAGAUGCUGGAGCUGGAGGUGAUAGAGCUGGACAGGCUUCUGGCUGUGGCUAUCUCCAUGUGGAGCCAGUUUGCCGUCCCGGUGCUGUUCAGUGUCUUCUGGCUGGUCCUCUUCCUGGUCCAGCUGUGCACGUACUCCUCAGCCUCCAGCAGCUCAGCUGGCCACCAGGGAAUCCUGUUCUUCAUUCUCACUAGUGUCUCUGAGUGCUGCUCUACUCCCUACUCUCUCCUGGGCAUGACCUUCGUGGUCUCUUACCUGGCGCUGGGGCUGCUAAACCUCUGCAAGUUCUACCUGGGGGGCUACGCUGCAGUGCAGAACGACAACGUCAUGCACAGGGGGGUGACCGAGGGCGUCACCCUGCUCCUUCUGGCCCUCCAGACGGGUCUGUUGGACAUGCAAACCCUGCAGCGCACCUUCCUCCUCAGCAUCAUCCUCUUCAUCGUGGUGACUUCCACCCUGCAGUCCAUGAUUGAGAUCACAGAUCCCAUCAUCCUGGCUCUGGGAGCCUCUCGCAACAGGAGCCUGUGGAAACACUUCCGAGGCCUGAGCAUGUGUUUGGUGCUGUUGAUAUUCCCAGGAUACAUGGCCUACAAAAUCUCCCAGUUCUUCCACAUGGACUUCUGGCUGCUUAUUUUAGUGUCCAGCUGCAUGCUGACGUCUCUGCAGGUAACAGGGACUGUGCUGAUAUACUCCAUGUUCAUGGUGGAGCUGUUUCGUAGCGACCCCAUAGACAGCCUGGAGGAGAUCAUCUACUGGGUGAACGCGGUGAGCAGGGUGCUGGAGUUCGUGGUGGCCCUCUGCGUGGUGGGCUACGGCACGUGGGAGUCUCUGUUUGGGGAGUGGAGCUGGAUGGGAGCGUCGGUCAUCAUCAUCCACUCCUACUUUAACGUUUGGCUCAGAGCGCAGUCUGGGUGGAAGAGCUUCCUGCUCCGACAGGAAGCUGCCAAAAAGAUCAAGUCCCUCCCCAGAGCCACGGCUCAGCAGUUGGAGCAGUACAAUGACGUCUGCGCCAUCUGCUUCCAGGAAAUGAGCUCUGCUGUGAUCACAUACUGUGGACAUUUCUUCCAUGGCAACUGCCUGCGAAAGUGGCUAUAUGUACAGGAGACCUGCCCCAUGUGCCACCAGUCAGUCAGACCCAGCCCUGGGGCAGGAGAGGCCCAGGCUGCGGCCUACCAGGGGGACAUGGGGCCAGGUGAAGCCCAGGCUGGGGCCUUCCAGGGGGACAUGGGGGCAGGUGAGGCCCAGGCUGGGGCCUUCCAGGGGGACCUGGGGGAUGGUGUAGCUGCCAAAGGGACUGAUCAGACCCCGCCCACCAACGCCAACCAGGAGCUCCCAGGAAACCUGGCGUCACCUGGCCCUGCAGGGGGAGGGGCCAUAAGUGGAAGGGGAGGGGCCAGAGGUGGGGAGGACACAGAUGGAGGAGGAGAGGAGGGACCAGAAGACCCUCACAGGACGCCUGAAGGCUUUCUCUUCAGCGCCACUGGAGAUUGUGUUGGCUUGGUCAGCGUGGGAUCGAGCUGCUCUCCAGGGAGUAGGUCCAGGUUGGGAACCCUGGAAAAGGAACCCUGGGGUCAGUCUCAUCCUGUCAAUGCAGACAGCAUAGAAGGAGAUGAUGGCAAUAAACAGCAGAAAGAGGGGGAUUUCUGUGGAAGGGUAAACCGCAGCAGUAUUCCAGAUACCAUGGAAGAAGAUGAAGGGAACGAGUCAGACUCUGGGGUCGAUAGUCUCUCGGUUUCCUCUCAGAACACAGCACUGAGAACCAGCAGGAAAUGUGAGGACUGCAGAGAACAGAAUGGACAAGUGUGGCCAACUCAAAUUUCAAACACUGAUGACAUACAGACUGACAUAACGAGUAACGCAGUCCUCACACCAUAAGAGUCUGGAGGGAUGGAUGGAUGGAGGGGUUAAUAUCAUAGUCCCUAAGGAAGUCUCCUGUAGAUAAUCAGCAGGGGAUGAAACCUACUGAACCAAGUCAGGCGCACAUGGGACAGUCGGGUAGUGUAAGGUCGAAGCUGCAACGUACGAUGAAUAAAUCCCUCACACAGAUUCAGCCCAUGACCUCAGAGAGGCCAAUAUGAAAUCACUGUAGCAGGACAGCACAGAAGUGCCUUGAACUGGAAAAGGGAAGUGUUGGAGAAUAAAAAUAGACUCCUUCAUUCUGGGAUAAGACCCGGAUGGUAUAGUGAAUGUGUUGUGUUUAGUUAUGGUGUUUCUUAUCAAGAAGGAUAAUAUUCAGCCCAAAAUAAAAGGACAUCCAUUAAAAGCUCCAAUUACAGAUUAAUUUCCAAACUGACAUUUCUGUAAAAGUGAUUCAUGGUUGAUAAACUAUUUAAAUAAGUUAUAUACAGUAUAUAUGUCAGGUUAUAAAAACCAGUAACAAUGCUGAUCAUUUAUGUAUAAUGUAAGGCUUAGAAUGGAAGUCUUCAGUCUAAUGGAUUACUGUUUUAGUUGUGGAUACAUUUAGUUAUUAACUUGUUUGUUGUUUUCCGUCAAAUAAACAAAUCAAUUUUAAUUUCUGAAUAUAGAUUAACCAUGUUAUGUUGUCAUCGGUUUUUGGCAGUAUUUUCCACUGUAGAAAGAAUGACAGUUAAAUUCCAUCCUGGUACUGAGAAUAUUGUCUUUUCUACAUUAUAUUAAUUAAAUAAUGACUUUC